AUGGAUACAGCGCCUCUGCUCGGCAACCGCCCGGCCUUGAUCCAAGACCAUCCCGUCUUCCUACGCGCCAGCCAUUCCCCAUGGUCCCUCAUACCGCAAAAUGUGCUCUCCUUUAUCCGCGGCUCCAUCCUCGCCUAUCUCACUGUCGCGGCUAUCCUCAUCUUGAACUAUGAGCUGACGAAUCCGCCUCUCAACGGAAACCCAUCCGAUCCUGGAGACUUGGACCCCAACGAUCCCGGAUCUGACCCAAACGACCCCAGCUUCUCAACUCUAGCCCAAACGGCAACCAACUGGCGGCUCUUUUUCGAGUUCCCCAUCAUCAGCUUUGGGCUGGUUCUCUGGUACUUUGUAGUCACAUUCUCAUGGACAUUCACCCACCUGUACUAUCCCGAUGCCGACGACGUCGAUGGACGGGUUGAAUAUGCCAUCAUCAGGCUCAUGUCUUUGCCCAGAGACCUGGGCAACGCGCGCUACCAAUUCUACUUCACCUUGUUCUACUUUGUUACCGUCGCCUACUCCUUCAUGAACUCGGCGAUAUACUGGUUCGUCACGCGGCCGCAUGAUCUGGUGCACGUUGUCUUGGGGCUGUUCAGCCAAGGAUGUCCUGACCAAGUCAAGCUAUGGGAUGCGACAGCGAUGACACUUGCUGGCCCAUUCAGUGACAUCUUUGGCGAGGGGUGGCUGCGGGCCUUUGUCCUCAUCAACCUGUACGCGGUCACGCCAGGCAUCAUGGUGACCGAGGUGCUCUUCCUCAACAGCAUCAGGCGCCCCAAUGGCAUCGGCGGCUAUCUCUUCGCCCUCCUGGUAUUUGCUGCCCUGUACAUUGGCUGGGCCUUCAUUGGACACGCUGCCACCGACGUCUGGCCAUUCUUCUUCCUGGACGCGGCCCAGGUCGGCUCGACAGAAGCGGUGGUGGCAUACAGCAUCGGCUUCGUGCUGCUGGCCCCUAUUGCCCUCAUCUUCAUGCAGGGCUUCGUUGGCGUGCGGGAGUCGCUGAUCCGACCCUACGUCAUUGUCCAGGACGCUCUGGGGGCCUAG